AUGACCACCACCGCCGGCUGCACCGGUCAGAACAGAUCUGAUCGGAGGUGCCGCCGACGAGACCACCAGGCCCUACACGCCGCCGUCGCCGAUCUGAAGGCAGCAUGCACGCCACCGCAGCCGCCGCCCGAAGGGCCAUCCGCAGCGAAGAAGAAGGUCAAUCUAUCUUCAUUUCUUUUUGAAGGAGAUUCUUUCUCCUCUGAAGAUGGCCAUGGAGGACGGGAUGCCAUUGUCAAGAAGGCGGCAAAAUUAACUUCAGCUCAGAAGGAGCAGUUGAAGGACGGUUACAUCACCGUGCGCAAGACCAAACUAACUUCAGCUCAGAAGGAAGUGGUGAAGCAGAAGGUCCAAUCUAUACACUCAGAGAUCCCCAUCUUUGUUGCUGUGAUGAGCAAGACCAACGUUGAUUCAGGAUUUUUUCUGACUUUCUCCAGGUACUAUGCUAAUAAAUAUCUUGGAGAGGAGCCACAGAUGUCUCUUCAGCUGCUUGGCAAGAAGUGGGGGGUGCGGUUCCUUGACCACCGUUGCGAUAGAAGGCUUGGAAGUGGAUGGAGACAGUUUGCAGAAGAAAACAAUCUGAAGAUGGGUGAUAUCUGCCUCUUUGAGCUGCUGAGCAAUCAGAAGAGAACUAUGGAGGUCUAUAUCAUCCCUGCGAAUGAUUACAAUUACCGGCAGGUGUCCAGAAUGAUGUGGACCAGGAAGCGCUCAAAGGUGGUUCAGCGGCGCUGCAGAGAGAGGCCCUUGCUCAUCACUCGGAUGGAGCGCGUGAUCCUGACUCGAUGUUGCUUCACAUCACUAAUUAACACUGAAGCUAUGAGAUGA